AGCUUAUCAGAUGGGACGAUCUUAGGAUUGUCUAUAAAUCAGAGAGAGAAACCGCCAAGUUCAUGUGCCAAUAAUAUGCACCAUGAAUAUUAAAACUUUGGAACCGCUUCUUUUUCGCCCCUUGCACACGAAUUGUUCUGUUUCUCUCUAGUACAACCUACUAUUAUUUACGUCAGUCAGCUGUUCCUACAUAUCAACCAAUAGCAAGUGAAGAAGUGUUGUGCAGCAGCCAAUGAAAUACCGCCAAAUAGUUGGAGAGAGACUAUCAAGUAGUACGUCGUAUUUGGUGUAUAAAUUUGCGAGUGAGCUUGACAGUUCUGGUAUUUCAUCGAUACUGUGAUUUGACAUGAAAACUGGCAUCAAUAGCGAGUUCCCGUAAGGAAGAAAAUUUCAUCUUUUGUGGUUGUCAAAAUUAAUGAAGUAAAAUGGAGCCUUUUAAUUAAAAAAAGAAAGGGGUUUAACAGUAUGAUAGUGAUGAAAGUAAAAAAAAAAAAUUUAAUUGCAUGCUAGUCUUAUGGACAUAAUAGUCUAAUAAGAGUUGAAAAUAUUGUCAGUUAACUCCAAGAACAGUUAUUGUGUUUUUGAGUAGGCAAAAUAAAUGGACUGAGUGAAAAUGGAGAGUUAAAAAAAAUAUGAAGGUGUGUCUACCAGAUAACUUCAGCUGUCGGAGCAGUUGAACAGCGAUGGACGUGCUUGAUAUGCCAGUCACAUUGAUAGUUAAAGCACCCAAUCAGCAGAUAGAAGAUCAGACAAUAAAGUGCGAACCAACUUGGACAAUAAAACGAUUGAAAGGCUAUCUUUCAGAAGUUUACCCUAGUAAACCACGAACUGAAGACCAGAAACUAAUCUAUUCGGGCCAGCUGCUGUCUGAUAGUGUUGUCUUGAGGGACAUCCUUAGAUGGUAUGAGGGACAAGAAGCUCAUACAGUUCACUUAGUGUGUACCCCAUCAAAAGAACAGAAUAGUAAAACACAAUCUAAAAUGAGUGAUUGUGGCAGUAAACAAGCAACUGUUCCUAGUUCAGGUUCUGAAGAUGUGAGAACCAGUGCAAGCAGUACCAUGGUAGAACCAGAUGGCUUAAGGCAGAGAUCAGUUGGAUCCGCGUCUAACACUUUGUUGCCUCAAGCUGCUACCUCUUCAAGCAACUCAGGUCUAGCAGCGCAUGACAGGGGUCAUGUUCAAAUUCCAACACCGGAUCCACGUGCUGCUUGGGCUGCUGCCAUGGCACAACCUUAUGUCAGUACAGCUCCAUUCAGUGCAACAGGUGCCGCACUUGACCCUAAUAAUAUGGUUCAACAGAUGGCUUGGGUACAGCAGGCAUAUGCGUACUACAUGACUCAGUACAUGCAGAUGCUGGCGUCUGGUCCUGCUGUACAGAAUAAUUAUGGACAGGCUCCUAAUGGACAGACUGACGCUUACACACAACCUGUUGCGGAAGAGCCAGCAGUAGCAGCAGUGCCCAAUAACCAACAGGAGCAAGCCAUCGACGGUAACCUGAUAGGUGGUGAUGAUGAUGACAGAGCAAACAGAGACUGGUUAUAUUGGAUAUAUUUCUUGAGUAGAGUGAUGGUCCUCUUUAGCAUAGUUUAUUUCUAUUCCUCGCCCACUAGAUUCAUCAUAGUGUCUGCAUUGGGAAUAAUAAUGUACCUCUACCAGAUUGGAUUCUUUCGUGUACAAGCUCCUGCAGCGAUACCACAGCCAGCGCCACCACCAGCACCCGUACCUGAGAAUAACAAUGUAGUGCACGCUGGUCGUGAUAUAGUGAGGCAUGGGAAUGUCCACCAGUUUGGAGAAGAAGCUGCAGCCCCUGCUCCUCAAAGGGAUGGGGAUAGUGACACAGACGAGCGUGCUGUUCAAGAACCCGAGAGGCCGUCUCUCCUUGCCAUCACAUGGACAUUCUUCUCAAGCUUCUUUGCCUCCCUUAUACCUGAACAGCCUGGACCUCUGUGAGGCAGUCCUAAUCAGAUCCUUUCUGCAGUGACCUGACCUAACCCGGUGUACUAUUGCGCAUAUAGAAUGAUUCUAUAUGAUGAAAACUUUAAUUAUUAAGGAGUCGGUGUGACUUCGCGGCUUGAAAAGAUAAGAAUUACACAUGAAUACUGGCUUCAUAUUUGUGUGUAUGUGGGCAGUCACUUUAGACAUGUUCCACUGUAUCUUGAUCUGUGAUUGUAGAAUGUCUACUGAUAGAACCCCAGGGGAUGGCUUUAAAUCCCAUGUUGAAAUGAUGCAGGAAAUCACAGUGAAAUUGUGUACAAAUGAAAUUUAUGCAUGGCGUACAUACCUAGGAAAUAUGUAAUUCAUAGAUAUGCAAGAAAGGUAAUGAUGAUCUAUUAUGGUGAAAUAGCAAUGUCUUAAAUUCAUUGCAAUUUCAAAUAGCCAUGCAUUUAAUGGGGAUUUUUCACCUUUCCUUGGCUUACACUGUGAAAGGUAGUAUGCGGUUUGAAGAAGAUCUAAUUGUGAUUAUACCACUCAACCAAAGAGUAUUUUAUAUGUGUGAUACUUUGCUUCAUGCAUGUGGUAGAAAGACGAACUUUAGUCAUUCAUUUUUAUGAUACAUACCUGGUAUAAUAAACUGUAAGCUACUAGCUCUUAAAUGGAGAUUUACGUUGUCCAGUCUGUCAUUGCAUUUAAUAACAGUGCUUCUGACAAUAUCUGCCACAGUAUCCUUAAUCCAUUUGAAAUUUCUGUUCCUUUAGUGACUUGUGUUGAGAAACCAACAGAUUCAAAACCCAAUGUAUGAAUAUGCAUACAUGCAACAAUUUUUUUCUCGUAACAAGAUGUAGGGCUGUUGAAAUUGUGCCAGGAUACAUCUUUGUAUGUACAUACAUACAUACAUACAUAGUGACGUAAAUAGGUUUAUCAGGCCUUUAAAUGUUGAUAUUUGUACAACAUAUACAUUGUUUAUAAAUAUAUACUUAUCUUAUUAUUGAAAUUUGUGGCUUUUCUCAUUGUUAUUUGCAUUUUUAAGUUGAAGUCAUUCUGACACAACAAGAAACUUCCUUUCUCAACUCUGUCUUACUGUUUUACAAGUAUGUUCUCAGUUCUGGGAAUCAAUAAAACAACAAUCUGACCAUGGCACACAGAAUCGCUCACUUUGCUUAUUCAGAAUGACAGGUGGAGCUGAUCAGAAUUAAUAAACUGACUGCUACUGAAAUAAAUACCCAUUUGGAGAGAAUGAAUGUAAAUUAAAACACAGAAGAAAUAUUUUACAUGUGUACUUUUACAUUUCCAUAGAACAGAUUUAACAAAAUACAGUAAAAAGUCCAUUAUAGGUAACUGGCUCAAGAAGCAGGAAACUCUUGUUUAUUGUAAGCGCUCUGCGUAUUAUUCAGUCUGGGGGGGAAAAAGAGAGAAUAUUCAUGCUGUACUUAAAUGAAAGAAAACAAUGUAGUUUUAUGCUAAAUUUACCAAAUAAUUAUGUGUAAUUAAAAUGUCAUUCAAU